UCGCGACGAAACCGCCUCAUCGUCGGGCAUCGGCAGGUGGCGCGUUCGCGAGUAAAAAGCGGAAACGGAGGGGAAAAGCGAAACGAGUGUAAGCAAGUGAAAAAAAAAACGAGCAGUAUCGUUUGAUAACGAGUGUCGUCGCGUUUCUGAUUUUUCCCAGCGUUCCAAGAACCUAGCGGUCCUGUGCACACUUUUGAUGUGAACAUAAAGACAACGUUCUUCCGAAAACCACAGGAGCACUUCGACGUCCAGGAGGAGGAAACGAUCAACACCCGUUUGUCGCUCCAGCUGAUCUGUCGUACGCAUCUGUCGAAUGCAAUGAUAUGUCGUACGGAGAAGUACAACUUGAUGAAACCGUUGCCGUCAAACGACGUGCCUUCCUUCGGGGCUUCGCGUCCAAGCAGACACAUCAGGCUCGAGUCCUUCGACAAGCCCGGUAUACCCUUCUACGUCCUAUUCGACAAAGAAAGAAUCGUCGCUUACGGCGCUCACGUCAUGAAGAACAACAUGGCGUUGAUGCGGAUGAUGAACGUGUACCGGAUGAUCGCGAAUCUGAUGAGCCUCGGUGUCGACGUCAACACCACUGACAAUCAUUUCACGACGAUGGAAAAUUCCACCGUGGGCUAUUGCCCGACGAAAUACAAGAUCAUAGAGCAUCCCCCGUGGGUGGACAACAACCUGUCAUUGCCCCUCGUUAAUGUUAAGUUCCACAAUAGCAAUGCGACGAUGAUCACUAAAAGUAGGAGCGUCGACGGCUGCAAAUGGCUCGCCUCUUAUAUCUUCGCCGCGAGAUUCUGGCCCGAAUUCGUGCCGACGUCGAGCGUCAAAGAGAUCAUCGACAAGUCGCAAAGCGUAAUGAUGGUGUCUAACGGCACCUUCGAGUCUAUGACGGAGAAUUCGUUCAAAUUUUACAACAAGGAGAAGAAGGCGGUAGGAUCUGUCGUGGAGAUGGUUACUCUUAAGUUAAUAUCGGUGCAACUGGACUGGAGGCUUCGACCGACCGACGAUAAAACGAAUAAAAUAAAACUGUUAUUCAGCGUACAUAACGACAACGAGAUUUAACGAUCCGCACUUGAAGCAGCCGCCUGAACUGUAACAAGGUGUUCACCUUAACCGCUCCAUUCACCGACGAGACGUCGGCCGACGAGGUCGACGAUAUAUGUAGCAUCUUUUCACGAAUAAACCGACGAGAGCGUG